ACGUCAUCAGAGAAAGCGCCAACUGAUCGCCCCAACCUCGGAACUGUUUCCCCAACCAGCAACUCGCCCAGACAAAAACAAAUUGUAAAAUCGUAUCGACAGUAGCAUCACUCAUGAUUUUGAAAUUAUAGUCGACCUUCUAGGCGUUUUGUGAAACCGGAAUUUUAUUCAGUUCAUUUCGAAAGUUGGGUUGACAGGGUGUUCACCUUCCAAACGACCAACCUUGGAUGGCUGGUCAGGAUCACCUCUCGAAACAAACAGUUAUCCGAGAUGGACGAAUUAUCCUCACACGUUCUUACUCAAACCAACCCCAGCACCCCUGCGACGAGUGCAGCCGACUAUCGGGACGAUGAGGUGUUGGAGGGGGGUGAUGGCAGCCCCAACAAGGACAAGAAACGGAGGAGCCUCCGGAAUUUCUUGAAGGGCGGUGCAGAUAUGCAGGAUAAGCUUCUGGAGAAAUUACUCCAGCAGAUCAUUCCCAGUGACCUGGACUCCGCUGGCGGAGGUCUCAGCUUUACCGGUGAUGGGUCACCAUAUUCGAGGCCGGCGUUCAGCCUGCCGACCAUGUCUUACAACUUCCGCCGCUUCAACACUCGCAUCGGCGUCGUUUUCAAAGGACAAAUCAAAUUGGAGCGUCUUGUCACGUGGCGUCACCCAACUCGCACCCUUUCCUUCCUGGCAGUAUACACGCUUGUUUGCCUAGAUCCCUACCUCCUUUCCGUCCUCCCUAUGGUAUUACUCCUUACCGCCGUCCUUGUCCCAAGCUUCAUUGCCCGCCAUCCAGACCCACCAUCGGCCGGCUCCGCUCCAGGUCUGGCAUCGGGCGGCGGCGUGAGCGGCACCGGCGCCAAUGCCGCCAGUGUCCACGCCGACGAUGCGGCCCGAACCAGGAGCUACUCUUCCAAGCAGCACACCACGUACAACCCACGCGGGCCACCCGUAGCGCCGGCCCGCACUGUCAAGCCCGUCAAGGAGCUGUCCCGUGACUUCUUCCGAAACCUUGGCCAUCUGCAAAACACCAUGGCCGACUUCGUCACUGCCCACGAUGCCAUCGUGGAGACUAUGGUGCCCGCCACCAACUUCAGCGAUGAGGCUCGGUCGUCUGCCCUCUUUGUGGCUCUGUUCUUUGCCUCCGCCGUCAUGUCCAUUGCCGCCCAUCUUCUUCCUUGGCGUCUGCUGCUGCUCGUUGGCGGCUGGGCGGCCCUCAUCUCGGGUCACCCUGCCGUUCACCGUCGCGCCGCUGCCUAUGCCGCCCGUGGCCGGCCCAAGACGGAGAUGACUCGCGCCAAGACUCUACUCGAGCGCUUUGUCGACGCCGACAUCAUACUCGACCAGGCGCCCGAGACCAGGGAGGUGGAGAUCUUUGAGCUGCAACGUCGCAACUCCGGGGACGCGGACGAGUGGGAGCCCUGGAAGUUCAGCCCGACGCCGUACGACCCAAUGUCACCGUCCCGUCUCGGCGGAGGGAAUCCGCCGCAGGGCGCGCGCUACUUUGAGGACGUCCUGCCUCCCGAGGGCUGGGAAUGGAGCGAGAAGAAGUGGGCGCUGGAUCUCUUUAGCAGGGAGUGGGUCGAGGAAGGCAUCAUCACCGGAGUCGAGGUCGAGACGGAGGGUGAGAGGUGGGUGUAUGACAUGUACAACGAGAACGAGGGGGUCACUGGGGUGGUGGAGCAGCCUAUCUCCUCAUCUGACAUGGCUCGCAAGGGGAAAGGGCACACUAGGACCAUGACUCCGUCCACCGUGAGCUGGGAGGAGGGAUUUGAAGGGGUGGGCAAACGUGGCGAAUGGAGGCGUCGUAGAUGGACGCGGUUGGUUAGGAGGAAGAAGUUUGCCGGUACUGCGUGAGAUGAAUGAUAAUGAUGAUGUUGGCCUAAGGAAACGAACAAAUGUUUUAUAUACGUAUCUUGACAGUUUUGGCAGACAUAUACUGUGCCGGUGUUUGAUUUGACUUGCAAGUGGCCAUUUGGCGGUCAGGUUUUGUAUUCAUCAGCAGUAUGUCACAUCUUUCCAAUUAUAAUACAAGGCCAAAUCUGCAGCUGAGCUCGGUCUAGAAUACGGGUAUGGCUGCCGUUUGUAUGCCGGUCAACACGUGUAGA